AUGGAGUCAACUUUUGAGUUGACUCCCGACAUCCAUUCAUACAAUGCUCUCUUAACUGCAUUUGGAAAGCUCCAUAAGAGAGAUGAAGCAGUUAGAGUGUUUGAGCACUUAGUAAGCUUAGGAGUGAAGCCUAAUGAGAAAACAUACGCUCUUUUAACCGAUGCUCAUCUCAUUAAACGGGAUGUCGAUGCUGCAGUUUCAACAGUUAAUGACAUGGUUAUGGACAUGGAACACGAGCUUCGAGCAUUACGAAUUCAACUGGCUGAGAAGUCAAAGCGGUCAAUUGAGCUUCAGAAAGAGGAAUCGUGUGAUGGGGUUUUAGCAUUUGAGUAUUAUUAUUUACACAGUUCUUGGAGUUACCUUAAUCUGUUCUUGAAUCAGCCAAUUGGCGAGAUAAACUAUCUUGCUUCAACAGACUAUGAUGACAUAGUCAAGAUAUGGGACGCUGGAAUUGGUGAAGCAGUUUAUCAUCAUAUGGAGCAUGAAAGGUGGACAUGGUCUGUUGACUUUUCUCAAGUAGAUCCUAUGAAGUUAGCCAGUGGAAGUGGUGAUUGUACUGUGAAAUUAUGUAGCAUUAAUGAGAUAUGGGACGCUGGAAUUGGUGAAGCAGUUUAUCAUCAUAUGGAGCAUGAAAGGUGGACAUGGUCUGUUGACUUUUCUCAAGUAGAUCCUAUGAAGUUAGCCAGUGGAAGUGGUGACUGUACUGUGAAAUUAUGUAGCAUUAAUGAGAUAGACCACAGGAAGAAAGGAUACAAGAUUGGGUUCAACUUCACAGUCUGUGACAGCUAG